AACAGCUCAGUGCUCGGGCUAUAUCAUAAAACAACAUUGAGCUUGAAGCGAAACGCACGUCCAAUUUCGGACGUCAAUGUCAUAAGUGUCACAACAAACUUGUAAUGAGUCAAAUUCAUCGAAAUUAUAAGUUGAUAAACAAACAGAACUAUACAAUGAUCACAUUAAUGUGACAGAUUCCCGUAGUGCUGAAGCUGGUCUGUCUGGCUAAACUAUGGAAGCGCAAGACGAACAAUACAUUGAGCACAGACUGGAUCACUUCACACAGCGCUACAACUGGGACUGCGGGGUGUCGUGCGUGCUCAUGCUGCUGACUCCAGCACAGAGGGAGGAGAUGCUGGACAAGUUUGAGAUGAUCUGCCGCGAGGAGGGCUUCAACCAAUCCACUUGGACCAUUGACCUGUGUUAUUUACUCAAGAGGUUUGGUAUAGAGCACCGCAUGUUUACCAUCACACUUGGAGUCAAUGAAAACUACAGCCGGCAAGGGUACUAUGACAGGAUUAUUCAUUUGGACCGCGAGCGCGUGAAGCGUCGCUUCGCGGAGGCCAAGGCUUGCGGCAUCAGGGUCUGGCAGCAGGCGCUGGGCCAGGCCGAGCUGCUGGCACACGUGCGCUCGCGCGGGCCCGCGCUCGUGCUGGUGGACGCCGGCCUGCUGGUCUGCCGCCUCUGCAAGCACAACAAGCUCAAGGCUGAGUUCAGACGCUGCUUCGGCGGCUCGUACUCGGGGCACUACAUAGUGCUAGUGGGGGCGGGCGGGGGGCGCCUGCUGUACCGGGACCCGGCGCGGGGCCCCGGCCUGUGCGCCGUCGCGCCCGCGCAGCUGGCCCGCGCCCGCACCGCGCCCGGGACCGACCACGACGUCAUCCUCAUAGACCGCGACUACAGGUAACACUAGCGGCUGCAGGAACACUGAGGACGGACUCCACACAUCAUGUGUUACAUGAUAGGCGAGGGGUUACAGCAUCCCUACAAACACUGCCUAUAAGACGGAUAAAAUAAACAACGCCAACCGUUAACAAUUCUCACUAUUUCAAUUUGGUGUCGCCUCUGGCAAGGUUGAAAACAAGUAAAGUUUUAAAUCCCAUGAUGAUACACUUGAACAAAAUAUUUGAAUGAUAACUGUAAGUAAUUUAGAAAUUUAACAAGCUUCUAUAAUUUAGAAUAAAACACAAGUCUGAAAAAUGUGCAAUCUUUAAUUUAUUAUUUGUUAUUUUAAUUCUGUGUAAAAAUCAAUAUAGUAGUAUCUAAUGUAUGCGUACAACUAAAGUUACUGUUCUUGACGAAAUUUAACUAUAAUUUAAUUAUUAUAUACAUAGUUAGUACCUACUAAACAAGUAGAAUAAGUGUUGUAAAUUAUUAUUUUUCUUAUUAAUACGUCUUAUAUUAUUUCUUAUAAAAGAUAGAACAUACUAUAUUCGAUAUAAAUUAAUAUUUUUUAUUAUUAUGUAAUGUUAUUUUAUUCAAUUGUUUAUUCUAAACUAUUAGGAAAUACAGGUCAAUUACAAAAUGUGGUACAAUUUGUUUGUAAGGGUUAUAAAAUUAUGACAAUUGGUGGUAUUGGCGUUAAGUAUUAUAUUAGGGUUUUAUUAGUUCCUAAUUAUAAUGUUCAAUAUUUAAUGGUACACAAUGGCAGUUUUGAAACAAGCAACAAACAAGGCAGCAAGAAUGAAGCAUUUACUUCGAUUAAGUAUAAUAUAUGUAUAAGCAUAUAUUAUAGGUAUGCAAAAGACAUGAGGAUAUAAUGUGUAAUAUAAUAAGUAGGUAGAAGAUUUUUUAGUCACCUCAAAUGAAAUUAAAGCACAGUGGUGUAUGAAA